UACCACCACCACUCAACAAUUGUCUCAACCGUGUAAUUGGGAGGGACGAACAUAGUUGCUUGCAGGGUCGCCACAAUUUACUCUGGGUAUAUCGGUUGAAAAUUUCUGGCCAGACCGCCGACUUCCUUCCCAGACCCCAGCACCAUGGCUACAGCGCAGGAACCCGAGCCAUUGGUCUCGCUGUGGACGAGAUCAUUGAUCUCCGGAGCCAUCGCCGGCCUGACGGUCGACUGCUCACUGUACCCCCUUGACACGAUCAAAACCCGCCUCCAGAAAGCGCGCACCGCGACGCCGGCCAGCACCGCCGCCGCCGCCCCGGCGGUCUCCCUCCGCCAAACCAUCCGCGGCAUCUAUGCCGGUCUCCCCUCGGUGCUCUUCGGGUCCGCCCCCUCGGCCGCCUCGUUCUUUAUCGUGUACGAUGGGGUGAAACGCCUGCUCCUCGAGCAGCCUACAGCAAACUCCGCCCCCGCCCCGUCCCCGUCCCGCACCCACAUCCUCCUAACACACUCCCUCGCCUCCUCGAUGGGCGAGAUCGCCGCCUGCGCCGUCCGCGUCCCCACGGAGGUGAUUAAGCAACGCGCCCAGGCAGGCCUCUUUGGCGGCUCCAGCGCCGCGGCGCUCAAGGACAUCCUAGCGCUGCGGCACGCGCCGGGCGCGGGCUACGGGUCGGUGGUGCGGGAACUCUACCGGGGCGCGGGGAUCACGAUCGCGCGCGAGAUCCCGUUCACCGUGCUGCAGUUCACGAUGUGGGAGAGCAUGAAGGACGGGUACGCGAAGCGGAAGGGGUUGGAGAUGGUCCCCGCGAGCACGAGCGCGAUGUUUGGUAGCGUGGCGGGCGCCAUUGCGGCGGGGUUGACGACGCCGUUGGAUGUGGUUAAGACGCGGGUGAUGUUGGCGAGACGGUCUUCCGGGGAGGGGAAGGUGCGGGUGAGGGAGGUGGUGCAGGAGAUUGCGAGGGAAGGCGGCGGGGCGGCGUUUUGGAGGGGCAUUGGGCCCCGCGUGGCGUGGAUUGGGAUCGGCGGGGCGGUGUUCUUGGGGAGUUAUCAGUGGGCGUGGAAUGGGUUGGAGGGGGGGAGGAAGCAGCGGGUAAGGGAGGGGGAUGCUUUGUAGGUUUUUUUGUGGGUGUAUAGUUGGGUUGGGUGUGUAGAAUUAUCAUAUAGAUAGAUGGGUAUUAGAC